CAAAGCCGCGUCACUGCCAGGUGCGCUCCGGCUGACGCGCAGAGUUCCGACGCCGAUAAGCCGCUGUCAGGUCGCCCGGGUUUGUUUUUCUUUUUUCCUUUUUAAGGAAAAUGUAUCAGCAGCUUCUGCGGGGUUCAGACAGCGUUCACGCAUAAGCAAAGUGCCGGAGCGAAACGAGGACAAACGCCGUGGGACAGAAGGUGUAUGCGGCAAUAUUCAAAAGAUCUAAUUUGUCUGUGAUGAGCAUCCCCAUCCGCUAGAGACCAAACGUACGGCUUGCCACUGUUGUUCCCUCUUGAGAGGAAGAGGAAGGGAUGUCACGUCAGCAUCAUCGCUUUGAGAGGGACUAUCGCGGGCCCUGGGAGCGCAGAGACAUCCGUCCUUCUGGCCUUAACAAUGGAGGAGCCAAUCAUAGCUGUGCCUCUGCCGCCACCAAUGGCAACAACCGUCCGGGGCUCCUUCCCCUGCCCGUCAUUCCAUCUCUUCUUCCCACCCCGGUUACCGUUGCUGUGACGACAUCGAGCAGCGACAUAGUGACCAAGCGAGGUAUCACGGUAGCUGGAUCGGUCACUCCAGUAACAGCCAAGGUCUCCGGUCUGCCCCCUGGAGACAACCAGACUCCAGGACUGCUGCUGGCUCCGGGGGUGAGGUGGGGACAGACGCCCAUCAACCAGCUCACGCCCUGGGAUACCGAUGAGCCCCCUGCCAAGCAACAUCGAGACAGUGAGCCCGCUGGUCCCACUUGGGUCACACCAGUUGCUGCAAUUAGCCAGCCCAGCCUCCUGCCACACACCUACACCAUCCCCCAGCCUCCGUCGUUCAGCCACAGUGUGACGGCGCAGUCGGCCAUCAUAGGAGUAACCUCAUCCAUCCAGACCCCAGUGCCUCCACAACACCCCCUUAUGACUGCCCACUUCCAGUUAACACCUCAAUCCACCCAACAGCCACCCUCUAUGGUGCUGAACUUGCCCAGCCAGCCGCAGUACCCCUCUGCCCAGCCAUCGGUUGCGCCAUCUGCUCUUACUGCCCAAGCCAACCAGGUGCUUCACCCGAACCCCCACAGUGUGAUGGGCAGUGGCCACUUAACCCCCCACCCGGGGCACGCCCUCAUCCACCCUUCAGCGCUGACUCUGACCAAUGGGCAGGCAGCAGUGCAGGCCCCACCUACAGCACCAAACAGUCAGGAUGGUCCUAACGGGCUGCAGAUGCUGCGGACAGUUGGAAUGGGGAAGUACGAGUUCAGUGACCCGGGACAUCCUAAAGAACCAGUAAGACGACCAGGGCCCUCAUUGUUUACAGUCUGCUUGGAAAGUGAUUUAGGAGGCGCAGAACAUGGAAGCAAAGAGAUGUUGAAGGAGUUGAACCAACAGCGCAGAGCGAAAGAGUUUACAGACCUGAAAAUUAUUGUUGAAGGCAAAGAGUUUGAAGUCCACCAAAAUGUUCUAGCUUCCUGCAGCUUGUAUUUCAAGGACCUGGUGAAAAGGUCAUCAGGGGAGAAGAACAACAGCGAGAUGCUGGAGCUGAACAUGAGCAACAUCAGCGCUGAUGUGUUGGAGCUGCUGCUGGAGUUCGUCUACACGGGAUCACUGGUCAUAGACUCGGCCAACGCCAAGACGAUGCUGGAGGCCGCCAACAAGUUCCAGUUCAAUACCUUCUGUAAAGUCUGCGUCUCCUUUCUAGAGAAACAAUUGACUGCGGCGAACUGUCUGGGAGUCCUGGCGAUGGCUGAAGCAAUGAGUUGCACCGAGCUGCACAACAUGGCCAAAGCUUUUGCGCUGCAGAACUUCCCAGAGGUGGCCGGCCAAGAGGAGAUUUUGUGCGUAUCCAAGGAGGACCUGGUCAGUUACCUGUCCAACGACAGUCUGAAUACCAAGGCUGAAGAGCUGGUGUAUGAGACGGUUAUCAAGUGGAUCAAACAGGAUGCCAGCAGCAGAGUACAGCAUUUAUCAGAGCUGCUGGCAGUGGUUCGUCUUCCCUUCAUCCAUCCGUCCUACCUGCUGAACGUGGUGGACAACGAGGAGCUGAUCAAAUCCUCGGAGGCGUGCCGCGAUCUGGUCAACGAGGCCAAGCGUUACCACAUGCUGCCCCACGCCAGACAAGAGAUGCAGACACCCCGGACACGGCCCAGGCUAUCUGCCGGUGUAGCGGAGGUGAUAGUUCUGGUGGGAGGCCGCCAAGCCAUUGGGAUGAACCAGCGCUCCCUGACAGCGGUCACGUGUUUUAACCCCCAGAACAGUAAGUGGUACCCGCUGGCCAGCCUGCCUUUCUACGACCGCGAGUUCUUCAGCGUCAUCUCGGCGGGGGACAACAUCUACCUUUCAGGUGGGACGGAAGCUGGCGUGAUGCUGACUGAUGUGUGGUGCUACAUGUCGCUGCUGGACAACUGGAACCUGGUGUCGCGGAUGACGGUGGCACGAUGCAGACACAACAGCCUGGUGUAUGACGGCAAACUGUACGCCAUCGGUGGGCUGGGCGUGUCGGGGAACCUGGACCACGUGGAGAGGUAUGACACCAUCACAAAUCAGUGGGAAACUGUGUCUCCACUGCCCAAGCCGGUCCACUCGGCGGCGGCUACCGUAUGCGGCGGGAAGGUGUAUGUGUUCGGAGGUGUGAAUGAGGCCGGGCGCUCAGCGGGCGUCCUCCAAUCCUACGUGCCCCAGAGCAACACCUGGAGUUUUAUUGAAUCACCAAUGAUAGAUAACAAAUAUGCUCCGGCGGUGAGUCUGAACGGUUUCAUAUUCAUCCUGGGAGGAGCCUACGCUCGAGCCACCACCAUCUACGACCCAGACAAAGGCAACAUCAAGGCGGGUCCCAACAUGAAUCACUCUCGGCAGUUCUGCAGUGCCGUGGUCCUGGAUGGCAAAAUCUACGCCACAGGCGGCAUCGUCAGCAGUGAGGGCCCGGCUCUCAGCAACAUGGAGACCUUUGACCCCUCCACCAACACGUGGACGGUCCUGCAGUCGCUGCCAUGCCCACUGUUCAGACACGGUUGCGUGGUCAUCAAGAAAUACAUCCAGACAGUCUGAGAGCAGAGGACGCGGACGCAAGAAGCCAACUCUGGACUUGACGCCAGCAUCUGUCCCCCAUGUUGCCCCUCCCACUCCCUGUGCAGAAUGUACUCAUGUCCCACUACUCAGCCAUGUCCGGCGGCGACGCCUAACCUCUAGUGCUGUGUCACGGUCGUUGUUCACCCGCUCAUCCACCAGGCACAGGGGGCCGUCUUAGUAAAUACAAAUUGUUGAGGUUUUUAAAAAUCAACUUGUUUCAGUUCUGACUUUUCCCAGCCCUCAUGAACUCAUCACCUCAUUUCUUUAAAUACAGCCAGUGCGGCGAAAACCGAUGCAGCUCCAGAAAUGUUAAGUUUACUUGUGGAGUGUGGACAAUUUUCCAUUACUGACACCUAGAGGACGGGAGGAAAAUGAACAGCUGUGGAAUUAUGAAGUGAAUCUAAACACAUUUUGAAGUUUGUGGAUCCUGGUUCUUAUAAUGAAUUGAUUAAUGUGGAGAAAAGACAUGUUUUUCUUUCCUCUUGAGUAAUUGCAGGAUGAGAAUGUGUGGAUAGACAGACAUUAAAUUCAGCGAUUUGGGGAAGGGUACUCAGCUGCCUCCUGACAUCAGACGUUGAAGGUACAACAGCUGAAAUAAGCACAAGUCACCUGUGACUGUUGUCACAAAAACGUUUGUUUCAUCAGUGAUUUCCACCUUUGUGUUUCAUGUCGUUGCUGCCCACCAACAGAAAGGUGGGCUGGCAUUUUGUAAAUAUUUGGAAGGAAAAAAAUGUAUAUUUUAAAAAAGUGAAGGCAAAUCUGUACAAAUGUUUUUAGGGGGGAAAAAAAAAAUAGAUCAGUUGGAUUCUAAACGCUAUGGUUGUAAAUCUGUAUCCAAUACGGAGAAAUUAACCAUUAUUAUUGAAACCCAAUACAUAUAAUGGAAAA